CCACCGAUACGCACUUGCCGUUGCAAAUCCCAUCAGAAAUAUCUUCCUCGCCGCCGGCGGUGUCGCCGCCGCCGCCAUGCUCCAUCUCCGGCAGCGCAUCGCUUCCCAUAUCAUCUCCUCCUCCGCCACCUCUGCCGUCUCCUCCUCCGCCACCUCUGGCAUCUCCUCACUCCGCCGCCUCCUCUGCGCAGGCGCAGCCCCCGUUUCCCCGAACCCCAGUGGAUUCGCCGUCGAGGAGUACCUGGUCGACACCUGCGGCCUCACCCGAUCCCAAGCCAUCAAGGCCGCCUCGAAGCUCUCCCACCUCAAAUCCCCCGCCAAACCCAACGCCGUCCUCGCCUUCCUCUCCGGCCUCGGCCUCUCCCGCGCCAAUGUCGCCGCCGUCGUCGCCAAAGAUCCGCUUUUCCUCUGCGCCGGCGUGGAGAGAACCUUGGUCCCCGUCGUUGACGGCCUCACUGGCCUCGGCCUCUCGCAUUCCGAGAUUAGCGGCCUCGUCUCGCUUGCUCACCGCCGCUUCCGCUGCAGAGCCAUCGUCCCUAAGCUGCGCUACUACCUGCCCCUCUUCGGCUCAUUCGAGAACUUACGCCGGCUGCUCAAGGAUCAAUCCCACCUUCUCUCGAGCGACCUUGACAAGGUGCUGAAGCCCAAUAUUGUGUCCCUGCAGGAGUGCGGGUUAGGUGGUUGUGAUAUUGCCAAGCUGUGUAUCAGUGCGCCGAGGAUACUGGCAACUAACCCGGAGCGCAUACGGGCAAUGGCGGCAUGUGCUGAAAGAUUAGGCGUGCGCCGUGGCUCCGGUAUGUUCAGGGAAGCGCUGCAGGCUGUCUCAUUCCUUGGUGAGGAGAAGAUUGCCGCCAAAGUGGAUUAUUUGAAGAAGACGUUCAAGUGGUCCGAUACUGAGGUGGCCAUUGCUCUGUCUAAGGCUCCAAUGUUGCUGAAGAGAUCUAAAGACCUGCUUAGGCGCAGGUCUGAGUUCUUGCUAUCUGAACUGGGGUUGGAACCGGUGUAUAUUGCUCAUCGGCCCGUCAUAAUCUAUUAUAGCCUGGAGGGCCGGCUCAUGCCUCAGUAUUACGUUGUAAAGUUUCUCCAGGAAAAUAGAUUGGUGGAUCGCAACCUGAGCUACUAUACUGUGGUUAAGAGGGCCGAGAAGGAUUUCGUGGAGAAGUAUAUAUGCCCUCACAAGGAAGCUGCACCACACCUCGCUGAAGACUAUGCAACUGCUUGCAAAGGGGAAGUGCCAACUAAUUUCAGAUUUACUUGAACCGAAAACGGGCCAAGGAAAUUGGUUACUGUGUAUGGCGCAACAAAGUUUUCACUCUGUCUGAUAAGCUGGGUACUUCCUUGUUUUGGUGUUGUUUGCCAGACUACAUGUUGGCUGUUUUUUCUAGUAUGCUGUUACAUGCCAGUUUGGUCAUUUCUAAGUGCUAAAUCCUAUGAAACUGUUAAUUUUAUUUCUGAACUCUGAUAUAUUGAUAUUGUCAUUCCUUA